GGAGUGGCGGCGGUCCGGAGUCUAGGCGACGGGGCGUGACGGGGCCGGGAGGUGGCGGGAGGGGGCCGGGCCGCAGCCGGCGGGAGGGCCAGGCCCGGAGGCCCCCACCCUGGCGUGCCCGCCCCCUUCGCGGCAGAGGAGGAAGAGGAGGAUGAUCUCCAGAUACACUCGGAAGGCGGUGCCACAGAGCUUGGAGCUGAAAGGAAUAACAAAACAUGCUGUUAAUCAUCAUCCCCUUCCAGAGCAGCUGGAUGAAAUUUCUUCUACUAAUGACAGCCAUGAAAAAGACACAAGUUCCCAAAGUGACUCUGACAUUACACAAGAAUCACCUUUUACAUCAGCUGACACUGGGAAUUCAAGAUCUGCUUUUCUAAGCUAUACAGGCACAGGGAUCUCUACGGAAGGCAGCUCGGACUUCUCCUGGGGAUAUGGUGAACUUGACCAAAAUGCCACUGAAAAGGUCCAGGCAAUGUUCACAGCCAUUGAUGAACUCUUGUAUGAGCAGAAGUUAAGUGUGCAUACUAAGAGUUUACAAGAAGAGUGCCAACAAUGGACAUGUAGCUUUCCUCACCUCAGGAUUCUGGGUAGGCAGAUAAUCACUCCAAGUGAAGGUUAUGGGCUGUAUCCUAGAUCCCCUUCUGUUGUUUCAGCUUCACAUGAGGCAGCACUUUCUCAAGAAAGAGAUUCUACUAUAUUUGGUAUUAGAGGAAAGAAGUUACAUUUUUCAUCUUCUUAUGCUCAUAGAGCAUCUUCCAUGGCCAAAUCCCCUAGCUUGUAUUCUAUGGAAAGAGAAGAGGAAGACUGUGUAAUCUUCUCUGAAGGAAUAAUAGAAGAAUACCUAGCAUUUGACCACACUGAUAUGGAAGAGGGGUUUCAAGGAAAGAAAUUACAAGCAGCUCCAGAGAAACAGAAAUUAGGGUACCCGCCCAUUGCUCCAUUUUACUGCAUGAAAGAGGAUGUCCUUGCUUAUGUGUUUGACGAUGUGUGGAGCAAGGUUCUGAGCUGUAUGGAGCAGCUGACACGUAGUCAUUGGGAGGGAUUUGCUUCUGAUGAUGAGAGCACGGCUGCCAUCUCCAGACCAGCUUCAGGAAGCCCCCGUGUGCUGAAUGAGCCACAACCUCUGGUCUUCCCUCCAGUGCCACAGUCGAAGGUGCCACCCAUAACCUCAAACCCAAUGAAUCUCUGUCAAGCAGCAAGUGGUCAUCAGCCAAAUGUGAAUGGUCUCUUGGUUCAUGGGAUGCCUCUACAGCCAAGAAAUCUCUCCCUAAUGGACAAGCUACUAGAUCUUGAUGACAAGUUACUUAUGAGACCUGGAUCCAGUACCAUCCUUUCAUCUCGAAAUUGGCCAAAUCGAGCCCUAGAGCUCAGUAUAUCAGCUCUGUCAUACACAGCACAAUCUGCCAGGAGACGCAAUCCUCCACCACGUACCCUUCAUCCCAUCAGCACAAGCCAUUCAUGCGCUGGAACGCCAAGACCUAUGGAAGAAAUCCUCAGAGGACCCCGAAUCCCAGUAGCCACGGACUCGCUCUCCUCUCCCUCACCAAUGCCCAUGAGUCGAAACAAUCUGCUGCCCCCUAUUGGGACAGCUGAAGUGGAACACUUGAGCUCUGUGGGGCCACAAAGACAAACGAAAACCCAUGGUGACUCCAGUCGAGCUCGAAGUGCUGUGGUGGAUGAGCCUAACUAUCAGCAGCCCCAGGAGAGGCUACUACCUGACUUUUUCUCCAGGCCCAACACAACUCAGUCAUUUUUGGUCCUCAGUUACAUGGAUCUACAAAAUCUCAAAACAGAGGUGGACCAGUCUCUAGAACCAGGCAGGGACCAUAGGGCAAAUGAGAAGAACCUGCUUCAGGCUGCAGGAAACACGCGAGAAAAAUUCACGAAUCAAUGUUCAGUCAUCUUGUGAUGCAAAGCUUGUAUAUAAGAGACAACUUAAAACCAUCUUCAUGACGCGUUAAUCUGGUAUAACUGAGAAAAAAAGAGUAUCUGCCAAAGAUUACAUAGGUACUGUUUCUCUCUCUAGUUACUGUCUUUCAGCAUUAAGUUAACCUAUUCUAUUAGACAGUAAAAUCUGUACCCAAAGAUGUAAUGAAUGAAUAAUUAUCCCCAAAUCACUGCGCAUGUUGUCUGUUAACAAUGAUCAGGUUCAAUUAUUACAGGAUUCUAUGAGGCUAUACAUACACAAAAAGCAGCAAAUGAUUGUUUGAUAUUGUCAAUGGCUCCAGAAUACUUCUGCUUGUAUGAAUUUUUGGAGAGUUGUACUCAUUUUUAAGGCAUUUUUAGGAGACAGAGCUGUCAAAAAUCUGAGUUACUUAUCCAACAGAAGUCAUUCCUACAGCUUUCUCUUUAGAUGUCCAAUCUUACAAAGAGAUUUGGAGGAGCUAACUAAAGAUACAAAUGUGGAAUACUGGUAUAAAGUAACUUAUGUAAUAAGUCAUAAUGUAUAUUUAUUUUCGGAUAGGACAGCUCAACCUCACAAUGCCCGCUUCCUAUCAGAUUAUGCUUUUCUUCUUACAGGACUUUAGUAAUCAUAUAUAUAUAUUUAACUCACCUUACCAAAUUUUCUCCUUGAACUCUAAGUAAACUUAAAAAUUUAUAGGAUCGAUUAGUGAGCCAGCAAUACCUUAAAAUUUCAGAAACUGGUAAUUAGUAUAAACAUAUCUUAAGAGCAGAAAUGCAGAACCUUCAGCAUUCUUCUGAUUUCACCAUGGACCUUUUUGGGAGGACACUCAUAAAUGCAGCAGUGGUUUUAAUUAUAGCUUAAAUUUAUUCUAUUUAAAUUUCAUUCAACUUUAAUUUUGAUGAUCAUAUCAGUUUUAGAUCGUACUGUAAAUCUUCAGAGUGGAAAACGGGUAACUUUUUAAUUAUAUCAAUAUGUAUCAGAUGAAGACAGAUGCUUCAAACAACGUGCAUUAAAUUAUAUUUUAAUACAAUUAAAGAGUAUUUUUUAAUCUGUAA